AUGUCAUGGGACUGCUGGAAAGAAGAUGGCCAGAUACCUCCUCUGGCCUCUUGGGUUUACUACAUGGUUCACCCAGAUGUACCGCAAGAAUUUGACGGCUGUGCACUUCAUGAUAGAUUGACUAAUGGAGACAUUGAGCGAGGUGGACCAUUCCGCUACGAGUUCUUCUUCCUGCCAGGAGCCACAAUGGAGGAGUGUCACGCGCACUAUCUUGGGGAGAUGAAGGCCCGAGGUACAAUCUGGCGCCAGAUUCGUAAAGUCAACAAAGCGGUGAAGCUGAAAAAGGAGGAGAACGGCGAAGAAGAAGAAGAAGAAGUAAACAGCGAUACGGAAUGGUUCAAAGAGAAUAGUAAGAAGCGACGCAAAGGAUAUGAGAUGGUGGUUGACUCGGACCCGGAUCAAGAGUACACUGAACUUCCUGGUUUGGUCUGGCCGAAGCACGAUGGUGAUGUUUACUUCGUGUUUUACCGCGGAUGGUUCUUUAUGUAUAACGAUGCAGAAACCGAUUGUGUAGGCGCAAACGCCGAGAAGCGUAUCGUCACUCUCGUCCGGUUUGAUCCUGUUCCUGAUCUAGACGAAGACGGCAAAGUUGAGCCUCCUAUCUCUUCGCGACCCAUUCCAGUCAGGGGCGGGUCCUUUGAUGACACCCUGGGUGGUUGGAUGUUUAACAGGAUGAGGGCAAACUGGGAGGAAGAGGCUAAUGAAGCUACGUGGAAUGCUCGAAAGUUGGGUUGGACUUCUUGGUAG